AAAACAUAUCUAACAACCGGGAAAAAAGUAAAGUAGCUGGAAAGAAGCAGAGAGAUCCCUGAGGAAGUAACCCUGUUUCCCUUCAAAUCAGGUAAAAGAAAAGAAAAAGAACAAACCAGUUUCUUGUUCUUGAUUUUCUCCGAUGGAAGUUCCACGCCGCUCUUUGGCUGCUUCUAUCUCUCCUCUCCGCCUCAUCGAUGGUCUCCCUCGUCGGAGGAGUUUUAAUUAUAACCAGAUGCCUGAGGAGCCCAUCAAACUCACUGUUCUCAAACUUGAUGGAUCUUCCUUUGAUAUUCAAGUGAUGAAGACAGCAACAGUAGGUGAGCUCAAGAUGGCUGUAGAAGCUGCCUUUUCUCACUUGCCCAUCACUGGCGUUGGCAAAGUCUCUUGGCCGCAUGUUUGGGCACAGUUCUGCUUAUCCUAUGGAGAUCACAUAUUGCUUAACGAGGCUAACUACCUCAUCGAGUUCGGCAUUAAAGACGGAGACCAGCUUCGGUUCAUCCGCCAUAUAUCAAACUACUGCACCAUGAUGGUGAACCAUAAUAGCAAGACACCACAUGUUUCUUCUUUGAAACAACUCAAACUACCAUCUAGGUUCUCACUAAAAACCAAAACCUGGGAAAAGAAAGCAACACAAGGACAAGAAGACGGUGUUGAAUCCAUCACUAAGACACAACCAGGCUUUCUCUCGACUGUAUUCCUGGGAGGUUGGCUCUCUUACAAGUCAACACCAAGUCAACGAGGAACUAAACACAGAAACGUGACUGCUUCUUCUACGACGAGUCACCUCAGAGCUUUUAACAACCUCAUCGCAAGGUUUCGUUUCAGGUGUUACUCGGACAAGGAUGUCUGGAACAGGAAGAAACUCAUCUCUGAAAACAUGAAAUAAGACUCAUUACUACUCUGUCUGCUAAACAUUCUUCUCGUUUGGUUCUUGUAGAGAUUUUUAUUUUCCCAAUCUUCAUGUUUAUAUGUUUGGAGGCCUGACCAGCACUUUGUAAGAAACGAAUGAUAAGACGAGUCUUUGGUUUUUUAUAAAGAUGAUGUUAUAUG